AUGCCGCCAUUGACUAUUGCAUACAUCGUACGCCAUGGGGAGACGGAGGAAAAUCUGAAGAUGAUCAUGCAAGGCCAAUUGGAUACACAGCUGAACGAGACAGGCAAAGAGCAAGCCAAGCUGGUGGCGGACGCGUUGCGCGAGGUUGCCUUCGACAAAGCGUACAGCAGCGAUCUUAGUAGAGCUCGAGAGACUGCCAAGGCAAUCCUUUCACACCAUCCGAGCGUACAGCUCGUUGAAGAUAAGGCGCUGAGAGAAAGACACCUUGGAGAUCUGCAGGGCAAGCCGGUCGGAACACGAUAUGCCCCGAACGACCCGCUACUGGAGAGCCACGAGAAGCUCGGACAACGCGCACUAGCCUGGUGGGAUCGGCAUAUUGUGGCACCCGCAAAGUCGCAAGGCUGGGAUGGCCAACCUAUCGCGGUCCUGCUCGUAUCGCACGGUGGCUUCAUCGGCACCCUGAUCAAGACGCUGAGCAACAACGGUAGGGCGUCUAUGGCCCCUGGCAUCACCACCGACAAGCGCGCGCUAAACGCGUCCAUUACCACCGUGGAGGUCGGUAGAGCGGCUGAUGGGAAGAUACGCGGUGUUGUAACGCGCUAUGCGGAUACGGCCCACCUCGAUAGAGCGGAAGGCGUAGAGGUCCUGCAGAGCAAUGCGGACGAGUUGGUGAGGGAUUGA